AUGGCCGGCCGAGGUCCAACACCCUCUCCCACAGCACUACUCGCAUCGUUUUAUUCUUCUAGACACGACGAUCUCGACUUCCAUAUCAAGGAGAUGGUUGCAAUUAUCCUUGGUCCCACUCCCUCUGAAGUGUUCGUCAACCCCCAGUCCAUCUCUCAACCUUCGAUCGAUGAAUCCGCCAACAUACCCCCUGCGGCUCACCUGCACCAAAUGCAAGCCGACUCGGAUGCGCUGUUGGAAUCUGAGCUCACCUGGGCUGAUUCUAUUCAGGCAAGUCCCAGUGGCAUCGUCUACCAGUCGUCCGUUCAUCCUUUCCAACCAAGUCACACAACGAAGUAG